CGUAAAGCAUUCGUGAUUAAUUUACACGAAAGUCUAAAAGCCUGCGUUAUUUUAAAAAAAUGAUUUGAUGUCUAACAAAAGUUUUAAAGUUUACACUCAGUUUUAAUAGUUCACAUUCAGUAGAGUUUCAAUUUUUGGUGCAGUUUAAAAAAAAUGUAUUAUAUAGCAAAACGAAUCGAGUUUGGAAUUUUAUGCAAGAUAAAGUAUUGUUUGAGCAAACAAAAUUAUUUAUCAACAUCCAUUACCUGCAAUGCUGGUUCAAAAUUCAGAAGAAAAAUUGGGAAAGCAAUAGAUGGUAGUGCAUUUGGGCCAUUAACAGAUCUACCAGAUUGGACUUAUGUAAACAAAAAUGAACCACCAGUUGUAACAAAGCAGCAAAAGUUACGACAAAUGAAGCAGGUUGCUAUAGCUACAAGAAUUAACAAGCUUUUAGAAGAAAUUGAAAUGCAAAAAAAUAGAACUUUACUUAAAGAAUCGAAUGAAAAAGAUAAUAUCUAAAGUUAUUUUUAA